GAUGUCAGUGAAGGAGAUGGCCAAGGGCAUCACCUAUGACGACCCCAUUAAAACCAGCUGGAGAGCACCCCGUCACAUCCUGAGCAUGUCGGAGGCACGGCACGAUCGCGUGCGCAAGAAGUACCACAUCCUGGUGGAGGGGGAAGGCAUCCCGCCCCCCAUCAAGAGCUUCAAGGAGAUGAAGUUCCCAGCAGCUAUCCUGAGGGGCCUGAAGAAGAAAGGAAUCCAGCAGCCAACGCCCAUACAGAUCCAAGGCAUCCCCACGAUCCUCUCGGGAAGGGACAUGAUCGGCAUUGCGUUCACUGGCUCGGGGAAGACCUUGGUGUUCACCCUCCCGGUGAUCAUGUUCUGCCUGGAGCAGGAGAAGAGGCUGCCAUUUUCCAAGCGAGAGGGACCCUACGGACUCAUCAUCUGUCCCUCACGCGAGCUGGCCCGGCAGACCCACGGCAUCAUUGAGUACUACUGCCGCCUGCUGCAGGAGGACGGCCUGCCCCCGCUGCGCUGCGCCCUCUGCAUCGGGGGCAUGUCUGUCAAGGAGCAGAUGGAGACAAUCAAACAUGGUGUGCACAUGAUGGUGGCAACCCCUGGCCGCCUGAUGGACCUGCUGCAGAAGAAGAUGGUGAGCCUGGACAUCUGCCGUUACUUGGCCUUGGAUGAGGCCGACAGGAUGAUCGACAUGGGUUUUGAGGGCGACAUCCGUACCAUCUUCUCCUACUUCAAGGGCCAGCGGCAGACCCUCCUCUUCAGUGCCACCAUGCCCAAGAAGAUCCAGAACUUUGCCAAGAGUGCCCUGGUGAAGCCAAUCACCAUUAACGUUGGGCGAGCGGGUGCUGCCAGCCUGGACGUUGUGCAGGAAGUGGAGUACGUGAAGGAGGAGGCCAAGAUGGUGUACCUGCUCGAGUGCCUGCAGAAGCCCCCGCCGCCGGAGGAACGGACAAAAGCCAUCGAGGCCUUCCGGGAUGGGAAGAAGGAUGUCCUGGUUGCCACUGACGUCGCUUCCAAGGGCCUGGACUUCCCAGCCAUCCAGCACGUCAUCAACUACGACAUGCCGGAGGAGAUUGAGAACUACGUUCACCGCAUCGGGCGUACAGGCCGAUCGGGCAACACUGGCAUUGCCACCACCUUCAUCAACAAGGCCUGCGACGAGUCAGUGCUGAUGGACCUGAAGGCCCUGCUCCUGGAGCGGGCCUGCGCCUUCUGUGGCGGCCUGGGCCAUCGCAUCACCGACUGCCCCAAGCUGGAGGCGAUGCAGACCAAGCAAGUCAGCAACAUCGGCCGCAAGGACUACCUGGCCCACAGCUCGAUGGACUUCUAG